GCAUAGAGCAUUUGACGGUACCGUCAUGUAAGUAAUCCACUCGAGCAAAACCCUAAAAACCCAAAUUAAUCGAGAGAGAUGAAGAGAAAGAGAGGAGAAAAAGAAGAAGCAGCUGAGAAGAAGAUGGAAAUUGUGUGGCAAACACCGGCUAAUCCUCCUGAGAAACACGAUUACAUCUUUCGUGACGGGAGGCGCCACGUUAGACCUUACCACUUCGAGUUUAUCUCCCAUGUAAAAAACCGGUGGGCGGGGAAGACGAUAGUGGAUUUAUUUGCGGAAGAAUUCAAAGGCAGACCCUAUGAUUAUUAUGUUAGUGCUGUUAAAUGUGGACGGAUACAAGUUGAUGGAGAAAUGGUUCCUGUUUCGUACAUUGUUAAAUCGUCGCAGAAGAUCAGCCAUUUCGUGCACAGGCAUGAACCGCCGGUGAUGGCUUGGGAUGUUCCCAUUCUUGAUAAAGAAGAUGAUGUCGUAACUGUUUGGAAGCCAGCAACUGUACCUGUGCAUCCUUGUGGUCAGUAUCGCAAGAAUACUGUUGUUGGCGUUCUCCAGGCAGAACAUGGGUUAGCUCCCUUGUUUCCGGUUCAUCGGCUAGAUCGGCUUGUUUCAGGACUCCUUAUCUUGGCUAGAAAUGCUACAAGGGCUGACCUUUUUAGGCAAGAGAUUGAAGCUGGCAAAGUACAGAAACAAUAUGUUGCAAAGGUCAUUGGGGUAUUUCCUGAGGAUGAGCAAAUUGUUGAUGUUAAUGUUAAUUACAAUGCUCGAGAAGGAAGGAGCACUGUAGAGGUGGGUAACUCUUGUGAUGGUUCUCCCAUCAAGGGAAAGACUGCCUGUACAAAGUUUACAAGGAUUGGCACCAAUGGCAUUCACAGCAUUGUUUUGUGUAAACCAAUCACUGGCCGAACUCAUCAAAUCCGUGUCCAUUUGCAAUACACAGGCCAUCCUAUAGCCAAUGACAUUCUUUAUCUAUCCGAAAAUGUUACUAAUCGAUCUAGUGAAGGAGUGAAUGCUGAUAGAGCUGCUCACAGUCCAAACAAUUGUCUUGUGCCUGAAAAUAACAGUUCUGAUAAGUAUGAAGACAGUACCGAAGAAGAUUUUGACAUUGAUCCUAUGUGCACAAACUGUCCAAAUUUGGUUCCAAAAGGAUAUGAUGGUCAUGAAGAGGGUUUAUGGCUGCAUUGUGUGCAAUAUUCUGGGUCUGGAUGGGUUUAUCAAUGUCCAUAUCCAGACUGGGCGGUUCCCACCUAGUAAAUCUUGCUCUUUACUUUUCCUUUCCCUUUUGUUCUUUCUUAUGUUUUUUUUGUAAUCUACGUUAAUUUUUAAAUAUUCAUUGAGAAAAAAAAUGUAUUUUCACAAACAGGAUUUUGACAAGGUUUCACUGUGGUUACUGAUGAAAAGAUCAUGCAUCUUUCUUAAUGAUAA